UGAUGAAAUCAGGAAAUCAGAGUUUGCGGUGGAGUGUUUUUUUUCAGUUCCAAGAAUCUGACAACUUCGGCACGCUUUCUGUGGUUAUGUUGUUUACAUUUAUAUAAAAUACAACACAACUGCAUAUUUUGAUAAAAAAUUGUUGUCAGAAUGUCCAGCAGUAAAAUAUGCUGUGUCAUUGGGACAGGAUUUCUAGGGAGUCGAAUAACAGGAGAACUUUCACGACUUGGAUUGAAUGUGAAUGUGUAUGAUCAAGAUCUUACGAAAUUAAACGUGUUAAAAUCUGUUUUGUUACAACAAAAGUCGGAACUGGAAGAAAAUGGACUAUGCGCAAGGGACAACUCUUGGGGAACCGUUACAACCUGCAGCGUUUUACAAGAUGCCGUGGCUGAUGUUGAUUUCAUAUUCGAAGCUGUAGUUGAAAAUGCAGAUGUUAAAAGGUGGCUGUUUCAAAAAAUCACACAUAACUGUAAUAGCCAGGCAAUAUUAUGUAGCAACACAUUCACUGUCGACUUGAAUGAAGUGGUGUCCGAAUCUUUGUUUAAGGAGAGAAUUCUAGGUUGUCGAUUUUUGACACCUGUUUAUUGUAUUCCAUUGGUGGAAAUAUCAGUAUCAAAUUUCACAUCUUCUGAAGUUAUACGAACACUUGAAGAUUUUUUUAAUUUAUAUGGCAUUAAAACAUUGCGAAAAGUAGAUGGAAACCCGAGGAGAUUAAAUUCAAACGAAUUAUCAAAUUACUGGAACAUUCAGAAGAACAGGGUCCGAACGUUAAACAUGAUAGUCGACGUACAAACCCAUCCUGCUAGCUCUUCCACUACAGAAUUUACACAAGAAACCACAUCCAGUCUCAUAAACGCAGAUUACGCCCUACACCCUCGACUAACGCCCAACGAAGAAAAUGUUAAAGUAAAUAAUGCUGUGACCACCGCUCAUGAAGUUCUUGUAUCUAAUAGCAGUCGUAUGACAGGUUAUCAGGACCAAAACAUGCACGGAAGAGGGCACGCCCAUGAAGCGUUAGAUAGUGGUAAGCGUACAGAGUUAGUUGUGAAUGGAGAUUACACGCCUAUUCCCACUUCUCAUGUUGCUGUUGCGACGACAAAUGUAAAAAUCGAUAACCUGGUCUCCUUACACAACCAACAAAUGAAAAAUGAGGAAGUAUAUAAAACAUCUCCAGUCGGCAGUGCAUCAAUCGACAGCAAGGAGGAGUGCGUGGUUUGCAACGAGCGUAAUUACGACAGUGUGUUAAUUCCAUGUGGUCAUAUGUGGCUGUGUUACGAAUGCGCAUGUCACCUAAAAAAUUCUAACCAAAACUGUCCAGCAUGUCGGCAUACUAUACAUAGCAUCGUGCGUGUUUAUAAACCGUAAUGCAUUGUGGAGACUGUCUGUUAGAGAGGGUGAAGGGCACACAAAUACCUACAAUUUGAGAUAAAAAAAGGAGUAAAAAAUUAGAAAAUACUUACCUAACAAUAAGUUAGUGUUGUAUUUCACUGCUAAGAAUGGUAAAAGUUUUUGGUAGCGGAAAGAAAUUAGCGAACUACUUUAUGUUGUACGGCGAGGGAGUCAAUUGUCGCAAAUUUUGAUUUAAGGAAAAUUGGGUCCUGCAAAAGGAAACCUGCUAUUCCAGAAAUUUGCGAGAAUUGAUUCUCGCGAAAUUUUCUUUUAAUUAAUAAUUUUUUUAAAAUUAAUUUACGCUAAUUUGGGGAAGAAUCCCUUUACCGAUUUGCUUAACAAUAUAGUAUGCUAACUUCGCCUUUGAUGCAACACGAAAUUCACUUGGGAAAAGUUGUGGUUUUACGAUUUCAAUGUUAGGUAUGGAGAUUUAAUGUUUAAUUUUAUUGUAAUAUUUUUGACAAAUAUAUUUAACAAGUACCUGA